AUGGGCGACACGGCGCUGACGUACGCAUGUGAGAACGGUCACAUCGACGUGGCCGAGCUACUCCUGCGAGCCGGCGCCGAGCUCGAGCACGAGAGCGAGGGCGGCCGCACGCCGCUCAUGAAGGCCUGCCGCGCCGGGCACGUGUGCACCGUGCAGUUCCUCGUGGGCAAGAGCGAGGGCGGCCGCACGCCGCUCAUGAAGGCCUGCCGCGCCGGGCACGUGUGCACCGUGCAGUUCCUCGUGGGCAAGGGUGCGGACGUCAACCGUAUGACGGCGAAUGGCGACCACACCCCGCUGUCGCUGGCGUGCGCGGGCGGACACGUGGACGUGGUGAAGUUCCUGCUGGCCUGCGACGCGGAUCCCUUCCGCAAGCUCAAGGACAACUCCACCACGCUCAUCGAGGCGGCCAAGGGCGGGCACACGCCCGUCGUGCAGCUGCUGCUCGACUACCCGCACUCCGUCAUGCUGCCGAGAGCAGGCAACGGCGCUGCGGAGGAGGGCAGCGGUCUAAGCGCGGCGCAAGCGGCGGCGCUAGGGUUGUCGCACGCGCCCGCGCCCGGCGCGCCCGCGGCCCGCGCGCUGCUGCCGGCGCACCCGCACCACGCGCACCACCCCGCCCUCGCCGCCGCCGCCCCCGCGCCGGCGCCGGCGCAGCCCACGGCUGAGCCGCCUGAACUGCCGGCGGACUUCACCAAGCCCUACUACGAUGGUCGCAAGAAGCAGGGCGCGGUGGCGGCUCCCCCGCCAGCGGGCGCAGCGGGCGCGGCGGGCCCCGGGGCGCCGUCGCCGGUGCCCGCGCCCGGCCAGCUGCCCAAGCACAAGUGCGCUCGCAAACAGCGCGCCGCGCCGCCGCACUCCGACCACCAUCUGCCGCCGCCGCCUGAUAUACUCGACGACCAGAUACGCCACGGAGCCAUGGCUAACGUAUCGCUCCCACCCGGCUUUACGUGGAAGGAUGUUAACAAGAAUAGAGCCAAAUAUAAAGACAUUAAAAAAAACGUAAAUAGAUCGGAGGCACUUGCCAGUCAACCCCGCAACGAAGCACUGCCAGAGACUGAGCGGAAUCUUCUCGAAUUAGCUGAUCCCUCAGGUCUGACGACCAUCCACCCCCCCACCACGCCGCCGUACCCCCCUCCACAGCAGUUGUUCCCCGUGCAACAACUCGCUACCAACCUCAACCAGCACCAGUUUGUUGAACUCCAACAGCAGCAAUUCCAGCAGCAGUUCCAACAACUGGCCGCGCAGCUGCAGCAGCAGCAGCAGCCGCAACCGCAACCUCAACCGCAGCCGCAAACGCAACCGCAGCCGCAGCCCAAAAAGCAACCGCAGCAACAACAGCAGCCGCAACAACAACAACAGCCGUCUCAACCACAGCAACUGCCUCAGCAACCUUACGUACAGAAUGUGCAGCAUGCGCCCGAAGGAUACGUGCCAUUGGGCGAGGAUGGGUCGGGCGUGGAGGCGCGCGAGCUGGGCGCGGUGCUGGCCUACCUGCAGCGCGAGGUGCCGUCGCUGGUGGCGCUGCCGCCGCACGAGCUGCGCUCGCUGGUGCUGCAGGUUAUGCAGCAGAAGUCUCACGAGAUCCUCUCGGCGAAGUGCGAGGGCGCGGGCGCGGGCGACGAAGGCGACGAGCGCGCCACGCGUCGCAUCCUGGCCGCGGCCGAGGAGGCGCUCAACGCCGACUGGGCCAAGAGCCCGGACUACCACCAUCAUCACCACCACCACCAUCACCACCUCGACCUCACGCAGCAAGUGAACGCGGGCUGCCAGUACCGAGUGCGGCCGUCUUCUCCCGCGGGCGUGCUGAGCCCCGGCGCGCUGGCGCUCACGCGGCCCGAGGAAGAAGCGCCGCAGCAGCAGCAGCAAAUCCCGCAGCAACAGCAGCAGCUUCCGCAGCAACAGCAGCUUCCACAGCAGCAGCAGCAGGUCCCGCAGCAGCUGGCCCAGCCGCAGCAGCAGCCUGACCUCCAACAGCCGCACUUCGCGCUGCCGGCGCCGACGUUGUCCUAUGAGGAUUACAGAUCGGGCGGCACGUUCAUGGCGGGCGCGGCGGGGGCGGCGGGCGCGGGGGCGGCGCCCGCGCUGCCGCAGCCGCCGGCGCCGCACCACGCCAAGCACCACCACCCGCCCAACCAGGUGCUCAAGAAGAAGGUCAAGGGCCGCUGCUCCCAAACGCGGUUCGGCGGCGCGGGCGGGGCCGCCAACGCGGGCGCCGGCGCGGGCCGCACGCGCGGCGCCGACCCCGCCGCGCCCGCCGCCUACUCCGCCAUGGACGUGGACACCGAGACCGACUCCAACCACGACACCGCGCUCACGCUCGCGGCCGCCGGCGGCCACGAGGAGCUGGUCGAGCUGCUGCUGUCGCGCGGCGCCGACAUCGAGCACCGCGACAAGAAGGUACGUGACUCACGACGCGGGCCCGACCCCGCCGCGCCCGCCGCCUACUCCGCCAUGGACGUGGACACCGAGACCGACUCCAACCACGACACCGCGCUCACGCUCGCGGCCGCCGGCGGCCACGAGGAGCUGGUCGAGCUGCUGCUGUCGCGCGGCGCCGACAUCGAGCACCGCGACAAGAAGGGCUUCACACCCCUCAUCCUGGCAGCGACGGCGGGCCACGAGAAGAUCGUCGAGAUCCUCCUGAACCAUGGCGCCGACAUCGAGGCGCAGUCCGAGCGCACCAAGGACACGCCGCUCUCGCUGGCCUGCAGCGGCGGCCGCUACGAGGUCGUCGAGCUCAUCCUCAGCCGCGGCGCCAACAAGGAGCACCGCAACGUGUCGGAUUAUACGCCGCUGUCGCUCGCUGCGUCGGGCGGAUACGUCAAUAUCAUCCGGCUGCUGCUGCACCACCAGGCGGAGAUCAACUCCCGCACGGGCUCGAAGCUGGGCAUCUCGCCGUUGAUGCUGGCGGCCAUGAACGGACACACGGCGGCCGUGCGCCUGCUGCUUGACUGCGGCUCCGACAUCAACGCGCAGAUCGAGACCAACCGCAACACCGCGCUCACGCUCGCCUGCUUCCAAGGCCGGCACGAGGUGGUGAGCCUGCUCCUAGACCGCAAGGCGAACGUGGAGCACCGCGCCAAGACGGGGCUCACGCCGCUCAUGGAGGCGGCCAGCGGCGGCUACGUCGAGGUGGGCCGCGUGCUGCUGGACAAGGGCGCCGACGUCAACGCGCCGCCCGUGCCCUCGUCGCGCGACACCGCGCUCACCAUCGCCGCGGAUAAAGGACACACCAAGUUCGUCGAGCUGCUGCUGCAGAGGCGAGCGGCGGUAGAGGUGAAAAACAAAAAAGGCAACUCCCCCCUGUGGCUGGCGGCCAACGGCGGCCACCUCACAGUCGUCGAAAUGCUCUACGCAGCCGGCGCGGACAUCGACUCGCAGGACAAUAGAAAGGUUUCAUGCCUAAUGGCCGCAUUUAGAAAGGGCCAUACUAAAGUAGUUAAAUGGAUGGUAGGCGUAGUUACGCAGUUCCCCUCUGACCAGGAAAUGACAAGGUACAUCUGUACAAUAUCGGACAAGGAACUCCUUGAGAAAUGCCAGGAGUGCGUGCGCGUGAUCCGCGCGGCCAAAGAGACGCAAGCGGCGCGCGCCAACCAAAACGCGACCAUCUUACUUGAGGAGUUGGACGCCGAGCGCUGCCGCGAGGAGACGCGCCGCCAGGCCGCCGCGCGCCGCCGCGAGCGCAAGAAGAAGAAGAAGAUGGAGAAGAAGGAGGAACGUCGCAAACUGCAGGCGGAGAACGACAAGAAUUCGAUGUACAGCGAGAAGGCGCUGGGCGAGUGCUCCGAGGGCGGCGAGCCCGACGACGAGCCCGCCGCCAAGGAGGAGGGCGACUCCGGCAUCGACGCCAACUCGCAGGGCUCAUGCUCUUCCUCGGAUGUGAAAGCUCCCCCCGCGCAAAACACCAAGUGCAAAAAGAAGAAGAAAGAGGAGAAAACGCCCCCACCACCUGCAGCCAGCAACAAGAAACAACCUGACAAACCGACAAAACCCAAACUAGAGACAAAGCCAGAGAAGGAGAGCACCCCAAAGGCGGAUAAGAAAGAGAAGGAGAAUGUCGCGCCUGCAUCCCCUCCCCCCACGCCCGCGCGGGCCCCCGCCGCGCCGCCUCGGCAAGAGAAGAGAGACAAAAAACCUGAAGAGGAUAGCCCUAAGAGCAUUACAGUACAAAAUGUAAAUAAAUACGGGAAUAACUCUAGAAAGAGUCAAGUGUUCGAAUCCACUAGGCACAAUGUGGACAAGGACGAGUUUGACACGACAGAAAAAGUUAAAAAGUCACACAAGUAUCAACUGGAGGCAGAGGGCAAGAGCACGUCGCCCAAGGGCGGCUGCGUGGGCGGGCGGCGCGAGGACGGCUGGAAGGAGGUCGUGCGCAAGUCCAGCGUGCAGACGCUCUCCACCGUUGAGCCGGGCUGCAAGAAAGUGUCAGUGGCGUCGCACGCCAUCUCGCGGGUGAUCGGGCGCGCGGGCAGCAACAUCAACGCCAUCCGCGCCGCCACCGGCGCGCACAUCGAGGUCGACAAGCAGAGCAAGGGCCAGGGCGAGCGCAUCAUCACCAUCAAGUGUGUCGUGGCGUCGCACGCCGUCUCGCGGGUGAUCGGGCGCGCGGGCAGCAACAUCAACGCCAUCCGCGCCGCCACCGGCGCGCACAUCGAGGUCGACAAGCAGAGCAAGGGCCAGGGCGAGCGCAUCAUCACCAUCAAUGUCGUGGCGUCGCACGCCGUCUCGCGGGUGAUCGGGCGCGCGGGCAGCAACAUCAACGCCAUCCGCGCCGCCACCGGCGCGCACAUCGAGGUCGACAAGCAGAGCAAGGGCCAGGGCGAGCGCAUCAUCACCAUCAAUGUCGUGGCGUCGCACGCCGUCUCGCGGGUGAUCGGGCGCGCGGGCAGCAACAUCAACGCCAUCCGCGCCGCCACCGGCGCGCACAUCGAGGUCGACAAGCAGAGCAAGGGCCAGGGCGAGCGCAUCAUCACCAUCAAUGUCGUGGCGUCGCACGCCGUCUCGCGGGUGAUCGGGCGCGCGGGCAGCAACAUUAACGCCAUCCGCGCCGCCACCGGCGCGCACAUCGAGGUCGACAAGCAGAGCAAGGGCCAGGGCGAGCGCAUCAUCACCAUCAAUGUCGUGGCGUCGCACGCCGUCUCGCGGGUGAUCGGGCGCGCGGGCAGCAACAUCAACGCCAUCCGCGCCGCCACCGGCGCGCACAUCGAGGUCGACAAGCAGAGCAAGGGCCAGGGCGAGCGCAUCAUCACCAUCAAUGUCGUGGCGUCGCACGCCGUCUCGCGGGUGAUCGGGCGCGCGGGCAGCAACAUCAACGCCAUCCGCGCCGCCACCGGCGCGCACAUCGAGGUCGACAAGCAGAGCAAGGGCCAGGGCGAGCGCAUCAUCACCAUCAAGGGCUCAGCGGAGGCCACGAAGCAAGCGGGCUCGCUGAUCGCGGCCAUGAUCCGCGAUCCCGAGGCGGACAUCGCGGCGCUGCUGCCGCCCAAGCCCGCCAAGCAGCCGCCGCCGCAGCCGCAGCCGCCGCAGCCCAAGCCGCCCAAGCAGCCGCCGCCCAAGCAGGGCAGCAGCGUGAGCGCGAGCGCUAGUAGCCGCAGCACGCCGACGGCGCGCGCGCCCGCCGCCACCAAGCAGCACGCCACCACCGCGCGCCCGCCGCAGCUGCGUUUGCACGUGGCAGUAGGCGAGAAGCGCGCGUCGUCAUCCGGCGCUAGCGGCAACGUACCAGCGCCAGCCGCUAAGCCCACGCUAUCCUACACCGGAGCCAUCGUAGGCGCGCGCUCCCACACCUUCGCUGCUAAACUUACGGCCACCGCGCCAGCCGCGUCCGCGCCCGUAGCGCCGCCUACACCCGCGCCCGCGCCACAGCCCGCUGAGAAACGACCCACGCUGCAGCUAAGCCCUGAUAAUUCAAGCUCAUGGAGCGACAAUCAAGAGAAUACAUCGAAUCCCUCUACAGCGCUGCACAUCAACACCACGCCCCAGGCAUCGGGCAGCAGCGGCGGCGGCGCGCAGGAGUACUCGCUGUUCAAGGACCUGUCGGCGGCCGGGGGCGGCAUGUGGGCCGCCGACCACAGCGUCGAGCCGCCGCCGCAGCGUUCGCCCAUGGUGGACGCGAGCAAAGCGCCGGGCUACCGCGGCGGCGGCGGCGGCUGCUCGCCGUGCUCGCGCGCGUCGUCGCACGGCUCGACGCCGCCGCCGGCCUACCAGCCGCCGCACUCGCACGCCAUACACCCGCAGCCCGCCUACCACCAGCCCUUGCCCAUUGGCAACAGCGUGAAUGCAAUGGAUAUGAGUGGGUUAUCAAGAAAUGGAACUAUUUACCAAGACAACUCCCGGAAUGGACACAACAUGAUGGUAUCGAUGUCGAGCGGCGUGAACAUGAGCAGCUCGGCGAUGGGGCUGGGCUACGUGGGCGUGGGCUCGGUGGGCUCGGGCGUGGGCGUGGGCGUGGAGUCCGCGUCGCGCCUCAACCCGCGCGCGCCCGACUUCGCGCAGAGACACCCGCUCAUGCAGCACAAGCACAACCAACAGUUGUUCACGAGCGCGAACAACGCGGCCAACCUGAGCACGCUGCUGAUGUCGUACCAGCAGCCAGCGCCUAAGCCCAUGCCGCACACGCCGCAGCCCCACCACCCCUACCAGUCGCUACUGGAGCGGGGGGUGGGCGUGGGCGUGGGCCCGGUGGGCGGCGCGGGCUGGGGCGAGGAGGAGGAGCGCAAGCCGCGGCCCAUCGGCACCGAGCGCGCCUGGAAGCUGACGGCCGGCGACGACUGGCCGCACCCGCACCACCCGCACCAUCCGCACCACCCGCACACGGACCACGACCGGUACCAGGUGCGUGACACGUUGUAUUGAUGGGGGCCCGGUGGCGGCGCGGGCUGGGGCGAGGAGGAGGAGCGCAAGCCGCGGCCCAUCGGCACCGAGCGCGCCUGGAAGCUGACGGCCGGCGACGACUGGCCGCACCCGCACCACCCGCACCAUCCGCACCACCCGCACACGGACCACGACCGGUACCAGGUGCGUGACACGUUGUAUUGAUGGGGGCCCGGUGGCGGCGCGGGCUGGGGCGAGGAGGAGGAGCGCAAGCCGCGGCCCAUCGGCACCGAGCGCGCCUGGAAGCUGACGGCCGGCGACGACUGGCCGCACCCGCACCACCCGCACCAUCCGCACCACCCGCACACGGACCACGACCGGUACCAGCAGGGCGUGAGCGGCAUGGGCUCUGUGGGCGUGAACGUGGGCGCGCACGCGGGCGCCGGGCUGGAGUACGGCGCGGGCGCGGGCUCGGGCGCCACGGCCGCGGCGCUGUCGCUCAUGCAGGCGCUGCCGCUGCACUACCUGCCGCCGGCGCCGCCGCACGCGCCCGACCACCACCACUGGGACCAGCACCACCAUCCUGAUAAACAGACUUGGAGCAAGUGGAGCCACUAGACGGCUCCCGACCUGCCUUACGGAGGCGCGAGACUCGGCAUCGGUCGCGACGUUGGCUUCUCUCGUCGCCGCGCCUAACUAUCCGACGAGGAUUAUAUAUUAAUUGUAACCCUUGGAAACGGUGUAGAUAUUAGUGAGAAAGAAUUAUAUUAUACAGAUUAUCUAUAUACAUAAUAGAGAAAAUGUCCUAUCGAGAAACUACUUAUAACUGUACGAUCGACUGAAGUGAGCAUUAAACGAUUCAUUAUAAUGAAACUCGUGAGGGGAGCCGGAUGUAGUUUUAUUUGUUACUGCCGCUCGCCGCGCGACGUACUCUUAGACAAAUUAUAGUUUGUUAGUCGGCGUCGCCGUUCGUCUGAUGUAGAUAUUGCGUACUAACUUGUAACGUAGGUAGCUUGGAAUGUGAUUCCGAAGUGCCGGUCAGUGUUUUGCGUUGCCUCGAGCCGCCGCCCUUAUAUAUACAUAUUUUACACUAUAUUAUGGCAUAAUACGAUCUAUAAUUUCGACGAUUGAUAUUCUCGCAGAAAGAGGCGAAUUAUUAAACGUGUAUUAAUAAAUUUGCUUGUACAUGAAGAUUAAAUAUCAUAUAUUGAUGCACUGUA